AGUGGGGGCCGAGCCUCCAGUCGGAAGGCACCGGGGAAGCGGGUCCUGCAAACUCCGCCUCGGCGCCCCCUCUCCACCCCCUGGCCCCUGCCCUUGGAGAAAGUGGAGUGCGGCUCGCGGUUGUCAUCCUUCCCGCGGACGGCGGCGCGGUGCACGGACUCGGCUGCUGCCCGGUGGGCUUUCCGCGGUUCGCGCCGGUGCUCCCCCUGCCCACCCCGGUCGACGAUGAGGGAGAGUCUGCGGGCGACAGCGGCCCGCUGCGGACUGGGACUGGGAUACGUGCUGCCCAUGCUGGUGCUCCCUGCCCUGGCCCUGCUCAGCGCCAGCCGCACGGGCUCGGCCGCUCAAGAUGACGACUUUUUUCAUGAAUUGCCAGAAACUUUUCCAUCUGACCCACCUGAACCUUUGCCACAUUUCCUGAUUGAGCCUGAAGAAGCUUAUAUUGUGAAGAAUAAGCCUGUGAACCUGUAUUGUAAAGCCAGCCCUGCCACCCAGAUCUACUUCAAGUGCAAUAGUGAGUGGGUUCAUCAGAAGGACCACAUAGUAGAUGAGAGAGUGGAUGAAACCUCUGGUCUCAUUGUCCGGGAAGUGAGCAUUGAGAUUUCGCGCCAACAAGUGGAAGAACUCUUUGGGCCUGAUGAUUACUGGUGCCAGUGUGUGGCCUGGAGCUCAGCGGGCACCACCAAGAGCCGGAAGGCCUAUGUGCGCAUCGCAUAUCUACGCAAGACAUUUGAGCAGGAACCCCUGGGGAAGGAAGUAUCCUUGGAACAGGAAGUUUUGCUCCAGUGUAGACCGCCUGAAGGGAUCCCAGUGGCAGAGGUGGAAUGGUUGAAAAAUGAAGACAUAAUUGACCCAGUUGAAGACCGGAAUUUUUAUAUUACUAUUGAUCACAACCUCAUCAUCAAGCAGGCCCGCCUCUCAGAUACCGCAAACUAUACAUGUGUCGCCAAAAACAUUGUUGCCAAGAGGAAAAGCACAACGGCGACUGUCAUCGUCUAUGUAAACGGUGGCUGGUCCACCUGGACAGAGUGGUCUGUGUGUAAUAGCCGCUGUGGACGGGGGUUUCAGAAGCGCACGAGGACCUGCACCAACCCAGCACCCCUCAACGGUGGUGCCUUCUGCGAAGGGCAGAGCGUGCAGAAAAUAGCCUGUACCACGUUGUGCCCAGUGGAUGGUCGGUGGACUUCCUGGAGCAAGUGGUCUACUUGCGGGACGGAGUGCACGCACUGGCGCAGGAGGGAGUGCACGGCGCCCGCCCCCAAGAACGGAGGCAAGGACUGCGAUGGCCUGGUCUUGCAAUCCAAGAACUGCACUGAUGGGCUCUGCAUGCAGAGUUUCAUUUAUCCUAUUUCAACUGAACAGAGAACCCAGAAUGAAUAUGGAUUUUCUUCUGCUCCUGAUUCAGAUGACAUUGCUCUGUAUGUUGGCAUUGUCAUAGCAGUGAUUGUUUGCCUGGCCAUUUCUGUGGUUGUGGCCCUCUUUGUGUAUCGGAAGAAUCACCGUGACUUUGAGUCUGAUAUUAUUGACUCUUCGGCACUCAACGGAGGCUUUCAGCCUGUGAACAUCAAGGCAGCAAGACAAGAUCUCCUGGCAGUACCUCCAGACCUCACAUCAGCUGCAGCCAUGUACAGGGGGCCUGUCUAUGCCUUACACGAUGUCUCGGACAAAAUCCCCAUGACCAACUCUCCAAUUCUGGACCCACUGCCUAACCUGAAAAUCAAAGUGUACAACACGUCAGGUGCUGUCACGCCCCAGGACGACCUCUCUGAAUUUGCAUCAAAGCUGUCCCCUCAGAUGACCCAGUCCUUGUUGGAGAAUGAGGCCCUGAACCUGAAGAGUCAGAGUCUGGCAAAGCAGUCCGAUCCGUCCUGCACCGCAUUUGGCACCUUCAACUCUCUCGGGGGCCACCUUAUUGUUCCCAAUUCAGGAGUAAGCUUACUGAGUCCUGCUGGGGCCAUUCCCCAAGGGAGAGUCUACGAAAUGUAUGUGACUGUACACAGGAAAGAAAGUAUGAGGCCACCCAUGGAAGACACUCAGACACUCCUGACCCCUGUGGUGAGCUGUGGGCCUCCGGGAGCCCUGCUGACCCGCCCAGUCAUCCUCACUAUGCACCACUGCGCAGAUCCCAACACCGAGGACUGGAAGAUACAGCUCAAGAACCAGGCAGCACAGGGGCAGUGGGAGGAUGUGGUGGUGGUGGGAGAGGAGAACUUCACCACCCCCUGCUACAUUCAGCUGGAUGCAGAAGCCUGCCACCUCCUCACAGAGAACCUCAGCACCUACACCCUGGUCGGGCAGUCCAUCACCAAAGGGGCCGCCAAGCGCCUCAAGCUGGCCAUCUUCGGGCCACUCUGCUGCUCCUCUCUAGAGUACAGCGUCCGAGUCUACUGUCUGGAUGACACCCAAGAUGCCCUGAAGGAAGUUUUGCAGCUUGAGAGACAGAUGGGAGGACAGCUCCUAGAAGAACCGAAGGCCCUUCAUUUCAAAGGCAGCACCCACAACCUGCGCCUGUCCAUUCACGACGUCGCCCAUUCCCUCUGGAAGAGCAAAUUGCUGGCUAAGUAUCAGGAAAUUCCUUUUUACCACAUCUGGAGUGGGUCUCAAAGAAACCUCCACUGCACUUUCACUCUGGAAAGAUUCAGCCUGAACACAGUGGAGCUGGUUUGCAAACUGUGUGUGCGACAGGUGGAAGGAGAAGGGCAGAUCUUCCAGCUCAACUGCACCGUCUCAGAGGAACCUACUGGCAUCGACUUGCCCCUGCUGGACCCAGUGAGCACCAUCACCACCCUGACAGGCCCCAGCGCUUUCAGCAUCCCUCCCCCGAUCCGGCAGAAGCUCUGCAGCAGCCUGGAUGCCCCCCAGACAAGAGGUCACGACUGGAGGAUGCUGGCGCACAAGCUGAGCCUGGACAGGUACUUGAAUUACUUUGCCACCAAAUCAAGCCCCACUGGAGUAAUCCUGGAUCUUUGGGAAGCACAGAACUUCCCAGAUGGAAACCUGAGCAUGCUGGCAGCUGUCCUGGAAGAAAUGGGAAGACAUGAAACCGUGGUGUCUUUAGCAGCAGAAGGACAGUAUUGACCCACGCUGGACUGAAUGCACAGGGAGUCUGUAGCCGUCCCGGGGAUCACAGCUGAGGAGGAAACGCAGACCAGACCAAUGAGCUUCACAGGCAAGAUGGCAGCUGGAGAGAGAAGGAAAACAGAUACGAACUACCGCUAUAUACGCCCACUUUAUGGGACCUCGUCCCCGGAGUUAAGAACAAUUGUGUACAUUUGUACCUUGAAUUUAAAAACCAACCUAAUUUUCCUCUUUGUUGGGCUGUAUGCUGUGUGGUACAGGAUCUUACAGUUUCCUAGGAAACGCUUUUUAUUGCUAUCCAGAUAUAUGGAUAAACUUUCUUAACAAACCCAAUUUCUACAAACGUUGUUUACAUCAAAUUGGACAGGGAUGCAGACACUGUCCAUGGCUCGUUCUAUUUUUGUUUAAAUCAUUUGAAGUUGAAGCUGUGGACGGUUUGUUGUGUCUAUUUCAGAUUAGUAAUUCACAGAGAAAUCACAGACUUUUGCUACAAAUCACGUGCAUCAAGUGUCUCAGAUAAUCCUCCCAUCGUGUUCUGUUUCUAGAACUUGUAAAACCAGUGUUACUGUUUGUAUCAGGGAAGUGGAGAAUCUAAGUGUGAAGGAGAAAUAGCUAAGAGUCCUUAUUCCUUUAGGACACCCAUCCUGUGCCCUCUGGGGAUAAAGCUGCAGCGUUGCAGGAAAGACAGUGAUUCACGUUCAACCACACAAACAAGCAUUUCUUCACAACAUGUGUGUUUGUAAUAUGCAAUCUGAAGUGGUGUUUUUUAAGGUAUCAUUAUUAUCAUUAUUAUUAUUGAUGAGUAUUUACAAGUAUUCUAGUAAAAGGCUUUUCUUUUAGCUUCGGUUUUUGUUAGCAGUACUGUUAGUAUUUAGCUAUUGACUAGACCUGCCUCACCUUCUCCCAUAACAAGGUGGGCGUGGUCACCAGUUUAAUUAAACAAGCAUUGCUUCCUUGACCUUUCAUCUUUUCCCACCAUUCUGCCCCAGACAGGUAGUAAAUGCUUACUGGCUUUGUCCAUCUGUUCUUGUGGCUUGCUCAGGCAGGGUCUUUCUCCUCUGAGUCCCCUAUUCAAGUUCACUUAAUAUUGGGGUCAUGUGGCCCCACACUGACUGCCCUCAGGACUCUUUCUCCCUUAGAGGCAGCGGGUUUGGAGGAACGGCCUCUGACAUGGAAAUCAGGAGACCAAUUCUCAUUCUGGGUUUGUCAUUGUCUAGCUGUGCUCCCUUGGGAAAGUCAUUUAACCUCACUAGACCUCAGCAUCCUCGCCUGUUAAAUAGUGGGGUGGGGUUAGAGAACCUCAAGGUUCCAAAACGCUGGGCCUCCGCUCCAGUGCCAUUCAUCAGUGUGAAGACCACAGUGGACUCUGAGCUGGAUCAUUUAAAGGUCCAUCAAGGCUAGACUGUUGUCCAGGCUACAUUAUGCCUUUCAAAUAGUUCCAACUUGGAAGACAAUGAUUCUAACCUGUAACAUAAUUGUUAUGCUUUCAAGUCUUGUCUUUGCGUCAUUGGAUUAUGCUGUUCCCUGAGAGAUGGCAUCCUUUAUUAUCACUUUCUUUCCUCUCUUGGGACUAUUUGCCUUCCUGGUUAGUAGCAAGUUAUGUUCUAUUAUUGUCUUGGUCAAAAUUUUUAAAUUAAAAAAAUUUUUAACUGAAAAAUAGUUCAUCAAUGGACUAUUUUGUGUAAACUAUGACACAGUAUUUCCUUAGGACCAUCACAGGCUCUUUGUUUUAGCACAGGGACUCAAUUCAUUCAGCAGGCGGGGAUUAGAGAGUUAACAGCCGAAUGGCCUAACCAAGAUUGAAAAACAAGAAGCCAUGUAGCUGAAGAAGGACCUUCAAAACAUGGUUGUGGUUUACUUUUGGGCUAGAGGUGUCCAGGUUGCUGAAUGGAUUUGAAUUAGAAGUAAUUUCAGAUAUUUCUCCCUUCUAUCCACAUAUAUUUCCUCUCCUGACUAUUUUGGUGACCUCUAGAUAUUUCCAGCCCCCUCCAUCUUUGUCACUGAGAAAAUAUUGAUACCUUGAUAUGGAGCCUUUUCUUCCAGACCUUUUAUUUCUCAUUUUCUGUUGUAGGUAUGUAUUCUAUAACCAGUCUCUCUCAGGCCACUCCCUGCACCAUAUAUAAAAUAUGUUACACUUAUCAUGAAAGGGAAAGAUUGCACUAAUAAACAAUUUCAGUGGAUAAUAUCUGUACCAAUGCAUAUUUGACCAAAAGAUAGUAAAAUUGUAUUCUACAUUAAAAAAUUGUAAAUAUAUAUUUUUUAAAAUGAAGGAGGAGAAAAAAAGAGCUAUUAUCCAUUGCUUCAUCUUAAAAUAACUUCUCAAGAUUGCUCAUCAUUACUGGUUUGGGGGGUUGUCAUCUACAGAAAUUAAGAAUUAGAAAUCUGAAGGCUUCUCAAAAGAACAUUCAUGCCUAGUGAAAAGUAGAGAGGAGAAAAUAUCCAGCUAUCCAGAUAACCAAUUCAAAACUUGAACUAGAAAAAAAAUCAUUAAAAAGUCAUCAACGCAGAAAUAUUGAACACAGCAGGCAGGGACUAUAUUAUCAAAGCCAUCGAGGGCCUUUGGCGUUCACUUCAGAGGCUUCAUGCCUUUGGGUUUAGCAUCCCAGCACCAGAACAGGAAGAGUGGUUGAUUCUUUGUUAAGUAAGGUACUCAUCUAUCAUCUGUUGUAGAACCCUGUUAUGUUUCCUAUCAAGUAAAUGGCAACUUCCAUACUUAUGACACGCCACUAUGUCAGAUAAUCUUCACUAUGAAUUCCGAUUUCCUUCUUUGGAAAAGUGUAAUAACUGUUAGUUUGCUCUCAAACUUAGAAGCUCCAGAGCCAACAUUUCAUUUCAAGGGAGUCACUUCACCAACCAUUCUAUGUGACCAGUCCUGCCUCUCAUGCUUAUUUAGCUUGUGCAGAAACACAAGGCUCACUUCAUUUGGAAGGGGAUACCUAUCACUUGUGCAUGGUGCCAUCUAGUGGUGUAUAACACAAUCUACUUUCAGUUUAAUAUAAAAACACUAAAAGUUGUUUGACAAAGGAACUGUAAACCUGCCGAGUCAAUAGGGCCUUUAUAACAAAUAGAUGUGCGGACACUUCACUUCAAAUAUAGUUUUCGUAUUCUCACUUUUUUUCUUCUCAAUUAAAGUACCCAUAUGAAAAAUUGCAUGUCAUCAUGAGCAUAUUAUGUCAUCAACUCAUUCCUACAUGACACAUCUCAAGUCGGAUUUUGAUAAUAGAAAUACAUAAGCAUCUUUAUAAAUCAGUCUUUGAAGAAUUGUCAUUUUAACAUUUAUAUUUUUCAUUGGGCUUUAUAUUAAAUCUUUAUUUUAAAUCUCCUUAUUUUUGGUCCUCUAACAUUUAUUUCUGGAAAUGUGAGAUGUAUCUGCUUGGAAAGAAAUGUUUUAUGUAUGAAAAUGCGUACCCUAUGUCUAAGUAACUGAAAAUUGUGGCUGUUGAUCAAGGAGAAAAAAGAAGCUUCUUUCUUCUGAAUUUGGGGGUCUAAGGGCGGGAGUUUUCUUUUCUUUCUUUCUUUCUUUCUUUCUUUCUUUCUUUCUUUCUUUCUUUCUUUCUUUCUUCCUUUCUUUUUUUUUCCUCAUCACACUCAUUCAAAUUUCCUUAAAGUGAUCUGGAAGGACUAGAAGUUGGAUUCAGAAUUGAUAACUGGGCACAAGGUGAUGCAAAUGUGUAACACCAAGGUCCUCCCAGCCAACAGCCUUUCCACACACAGUGGGACUGACUACCAACAUGGAAACCCACCUUAGUUACCUAGAAGAAACCAUCCCCCAUCAGCAGUGGAGACCCCUCCAAGGCAGGGCAAUGUCUUGGGUGAGGUGUCCAAUAUUAAACUGCUUCACCAUUGGCUAUUUUCAUCUAUCCUACUAUUCUGUAGAUUUUCAAUUCACAACAUUCAAAUAGUAGACCAUUCUUUAGGGAGACAUCAGGGAGACUGAGUUCAGGACACUGGAAACUACACAUGUAAGCAUAUAUUUGAAUGGCAUUUCUCCUAUUUCCUUCAAAUAAACAUUCCAAUAAUAGAGUCAAACUUAUUACUUCUUCUGGAAAGGAUCAGACAAGGCUCUUUUUUUAUGUACCCGCUGCAUCUACAUCAGGGACACAGCUGUGCUCUUGGUCCACUUACUCUUUUGUCAUCAAUGUAGGAGGAAGGGAGCCAGUGAGGGGAUCACUAUGUCCCCAGAACUCACAAGUGAAUAAAAACCAUAUGAAGACCUGCAAGAGAGUGCAAAGGGGGUGGGGAAAGUUUCCAGCUUCAGGUUGAAUGUCAGCUUUAGCUUUUGCUGAGCAGUUGCUCAAGACAACUUAUCUGUUUCACUUAGAGACCUCAGUACAACUCCAAGGCUGAUGCAAGACCGAAGGACCAGGGAAGCAGCUGAAAUGAAAUGGGGUUUAAUCCAUCUUCUUUGAGAACAGAGGAACUUUUGUGAAUCAGAAAGUGUUUGCUCAAAGCCAACUAUUUACAAAGAUGAUAAUAGUCAAUGAGCAUUAAAAUUUAUAGAUCCAAUAAGGGAAUAUUUUUAUUCUUAUCUCAAGGUAAUAAAACUUUUUUUUCUUUUUUUUUACCUUUCGAGUGCCUCGUAGGACCAACUAUUACACAUUGGGUUUUUUGUUUGUGUUUCUGUAUAUUCUUUUGUUUUUAACUUUACAGAGCUAAUGUUGACUGAAAUUCUUAAAACUUUGCCACUGUGCAAUGAAGUGCUGUUUCUCUACCCUAAGAAAUCUAUUUGUAUAAUCUUUGACUGUAACGAUCAUUUUGAAAGAUUUCCCUUGUAUCUCUAAAGAUUUUUUUUAAAAAAUGGAACAAGGCAUAAGAGGAAUAAAUACAUUGUAAGCAA